AUGGCACUCGCCCCAUUGCCUUAUGUUGACCAUCUCCGUCAGUCUGUUUUAGUUGAGGCAUCAUUUUUUAUCUUCAAAGGAAAAGGGAGCCUAGUCAACCGGCUGGACAAUAACAAAAGCAGAUCUAGCCAUCAGCGAAGCUAUUUUCUAUUGUUAUGGCAUGCCACUACAGCGUCCAUUCUUCGCGUCAUUCUGAUACGCAGUCGAAAAUGUUUUUCGGUCUUCAAUUCCAAACAGGUAGAGAUAUCCACACUUGUUUCCCGAACCACGGAAAAGCUUCAGGCCAAAAUUCAAAACUCCAAAAGCUUCGCAACUAAAAUCAAAGCUAAAAAUGUAAUUGCAAGCCAACCUCAUCCGAUCACCAUCAAAUGCAAUUUGGCGACUUCUUCAUAA